UAUAAAAUUAGGGUUUUUAUUUAUGUUCUGUGAAAGUUGUAUGUUCUCAAUCUUCUUCCUAACCUUGUUGGUUAAUGAGCAAUGUCUGCUUCCCGUUCUUCUUUUUCUUGUUGCAAUAGCUUGGGCCGUCGUUGUUCUCAUUAUUCACCUGGGGUGGUUCAAUGGGGCAAGGGAUAAUCCCCAUUUGCAAAUUUGGUGAGAUGGCAGUAGUAAAAAUGGCUAGAACUCCGAAGAAUUCCGAAAGAUAUUUUUGGGGUUGUCGAAACUACAAGAAUGAAGCUGGUAAUGCAAUGUGUUGCAACUAUUUCAAGUGGUGCAAUCAAGAAAAUGAUGAUGAAAGGGAUGUUAUUAUUGAGAGGCUAAGGGGGAAGAUUUGUGAUCUGGAAAAUGCACUCAAAGCUUCGAAGAAAAAGAUCCAAUUAUUAGUAGCAGUGACUGGUUUUCUUAGUGUAGUUAACAUACUUAUGUUUUGUGUAUUUUGGUUGAAGUGGUGAUGUUUAAAGAGGUAGUCCCAAUGUGGUUGAACGUAGUGAUUUAAGGUCAAUGGAGUUGAACUGUUGUGAUGUUUAGGUUGUGGCUAUUUCUUUUGUACUAAAUGAAGGAAUGAAAUUUCAAUUAUUUAGUAAGUAAUUGUUCA